AGAAAAGGCUGGGAAACCCUGUUCGUCCUUUUCCCGGUGCCGCCGCUGAAGGAAGGGAGUAGUCAUGCCGGCUAAGGGCCCCCUGCAGAGCGUCCAGGUCUUCGGGCGGAAGAAAACAGCAACUGCUGUUGCCCACUGCAAGAGAGGAAAUGGCCUCAUUAAAGUGAAUGGAAGACCUCUGGAAAUGAUUGAGCCCAGAACUCUGCAGUAUAAACUGCUUGAACCUGUCCUCCUCCUGGGGAAGGAACGGUUUGCUGGUGUUGACAUCAGAGUCCGUGUAAAGGGUGGUGGUCAUGUAGCGCAAAUCUAUGCUAUCCGUCAGGCUAUUUCCAAAGCAUUGGUGGCUUACUAUCAAAAAUAUGUUGAUGAAGCAUCCAAGAAAGAGAUCAAGGAUAUUCUAAUCCAGUAUGAUAGGACUCUGCUGGUUGCAGAUCCUCGCCGUUGUGAAUCCAAGAAAUUUGGAGGACCUGGUGCUCGUGCACGCUACCAGAAGUCUUACCGUUAAAAUUGUUCUACAGUCGUGUGACAGUCAAUAAACGUGAAGAGAAUUUGUUAAAUUUCA